AUUAUUUCCACUGUAAUUAUUCCAUCGUUCCAUUCCAGACAAGGCCUCGCGCGCCAAGAAAUAAAAACCCAAGUAUGAGUCGGUAUGACUGCACUUGACGUAAAUCAGCUGGUACGAUGUCAUCCAAUCGGGAGGCUGAGCGUUACCAUAGUGACGUCACGUAUAAAUCGAAGUGUGUCUCUUUUAUAGUUACCGUUUGUAACGCGUGGGUGCAGUAUAAUCGCUUGCCACAUGCACAUGUACUCGCAAUGAACUGGAGGUGAAUAUGAAGACACAUUUAUGAAACCGUGAAUGUUUUCUUGUAAAACAAAUUUUAAUCAAAAUCUGUUCUCUAGGGUAUUAAGUUAUUGUGAGAGUAGUACAGUUUACACAGUUGUUUCACCAGUAUCUUAGUUUGUGAUAAGAUUAGUGCUUGAAUACUUUGCACGUGUCCUUUGAUUAUAUACCACCAUUCUCUUGCGUACUGCCUCUGCGCAAGUGAAAGGAUCAAAUAGUGACUGGAAAGGAUUGUUCCCUCUGUUUCCACCACUCCCACUCUCACUCACAGAAUACAGCUUUCAUCUUACUCCCACUCUCUUGAAUCAUUGCAGAAAAAGUAGUGUUGUUUCAUCAGACUGCCAGUCUGAAGACUGGUGCUCGCCAAGCAAUCAGCCAUACGUCAAGUUAAAUCGUGAGUGUACUUCUAGGUUACCUGAGCAGUAUAAUUUUGGCAUAAUUGGAACAUGUCUGACAAUCAGGCUGUUGUGAAUGGUGUAAAUGGGAUUAAUCAGGACGAGCCUCCGAAAACCGCUAAACAGCUGGAGAAAGAAGCGAAGAAAUUGGCCAAAUUAGAGAAAUUCAAACAAAAACAGCAAAGUAAGCAGAAGGAACCCUCGCAUACAGCAAAAGAAAAGGCUCCGAAAAAAGAGAAGAAAGAAGUGAAAGAAUCUAUAACUUACACGCUGAACACUCCUCCAGGUUCAUUGCAUCUUGGGCAUGCUUUGACCAAUUCUGUUGAAGAUGCCAUAACCAGGUGGCAUCGCAUGAAAGGUCGAACAACGCUGUGGAAUCCUGGUUGUGACCAUGCAGGUAUUGCCACCCAAGUUGUAGUGGAGAAAAAGCUUUGGAGAGAAGAAAAUAAAACACGCCAUGAAAUUGGAAGAGAGAAAUUCAUUGAAAAGGUUUGGGAAUGGCGUAAGCAGAAAGGGGAUAUUAUUUAUGAUCAGUUACGAAAAUUAGGGUCUUCAUUUGAUUGGGAUCGUGCUUGUUUUACUAUGGAUCCUAAACUAUGUAGAGCUGUCACUGAAGCCUUUGUACAAUUACAUGAUGAAGGUAUCAUUUAUCGAAGUAAUCGCCUUGUGAAUUGGUGUUGCACGUUGAAAUCUGCAAUUUCUGAUAUUGAAGUUGAUAAAGUGGAAUUACCUGGCAGAACAUUUCUUACAAUUCCUGGCUAUCAAGAAAAAGUUGAAUUUGGAGUUUUGGUUUCGUUUGCAUAUAAGGUUGUUGAUUCAGAUGAAGAAUUGAUAGUUGCAACUACCAGAGUUGAAACUAUGUUAGGUGAUACAGCUGUUGCAGUACAUCCAGAAGAUCCUCGAUAUUCUCAUCUUCAUGGAAAGUUUGUAAUGCAUCCAUUUUGCAAUAGAAAGAUCCCUAUUGUGUGUGAUGAUUUUGUGGAUAGAGAAUUUGGAACUGGUGCAGUGAAGAUAACUCCAGCUCAUGAUCCUAACGAUUAUGAAGUUGGUAAGAAACACAACUUGCCGUUCAUAACCGUUUUUACAGAUGAGGGGUUUAUAUGCGGUGACUACGGAAAGUUUACUGGAAUGAAACGAUUUCAUGCUCGGAAAGCAAUCACUGAAGCACUGAAAGAGAAAGAUUUGUACAGAGACACUGUUAAUAAUCCCAUGGUUGUUCCAAUUUGUAGUCGUUCAAAAGAUGUAGUUGAACCACUUAUUAAACCUCAGUGGUAUGUUAGAUGUGAUGAUUUAGCUAGAAAUGCUUCUGAAGCUGUUCGUUCGGGGCAAUUGAAAAUUAUUCCAGAACAGCACACUAAAAUUUGGUUUCGUUGGAUGGACAAUAUCAGAGAUUGGUGUAUAUCUCGCCAGCUGUGGUGGGGUCAUAGAAUCCCUGCAUAUUUUGUUACUGCACAGGAUUCUUCUGUGGAUCUUUCCAAGUUCACAGAAAGUGAUCGUUGGGUUAGUGGACGCACAAAAGAAGAAGCUCUUGCUAAAGCUGUUAAGAAAUUCAAUGUGUCUCCUAGUGAAAUAAUUCUAAAUCAAGAUGAAGACGUUCUAGAUACCUGGUUUUCAUCAGGUUUGUUUCCAUUUUCAAUUUUUGGAUGGCCUGACCAGACAGAAGAUCUGGAAGCGUUUUAUCCUGGCACACUUUUGGAAACUGGUCAUGAUAUAUUAUUUUUUUGGGUAGCUCGAAUGGUUUUCUUUGGGCAGAAGCUGAUGAAAAAACUUCCUUUCCGUGAGGUGUACCUUCAUCCAAUGGUACGAGAUGCUCAUGGAAGAAAAAUGAGCAAAUCUCUUGGAAAUGUAAUUGAUCCAAUGGAUGUGAUCAGAGGAAUAUCUUUAGAGGAACUUCAUAACAAGUUAAAUGAUGGUAAUUUGGAUUCAAAGGAAAUAGAAAAGGCUAAAGAAGGUCAGAAAAAAGAUUAUCCAAGUGGAAUUCCAGAAUGUGGAACAGAUGCUUUGAGAUUUGCCCUCUGCUCUUAUAUAAUGCAGGGAAGAGAUAUCAAUUUGGAUAUUUUGAGAGUUCAGGGAUACCGCUUCUUUUGUAAUAAGUUAUGGAAUGCUACAAAAUUUGCUCUCACAUAUUUGGGCAAUGAUUUCAAACCAAUUAAAAGAGUCACAGAACUUGCAGGAACUGCCAAUCUGAAAGCCUCUAAUGAAUUAAACAUAAGAAACAUUAUCAGAAUGAGUCAAGAAACACCUUAUUUGCUUCAAAAGGCAGAAAUUUUGCAGUUCCUUAAUUCAUUUUUAGGUGACAAUAGUUACUUAAAUGGACAUGUUCUCUCACAAGCUGAUUCACAGGUAUGUAAAGCUCUUGGUGAAUCUGUACCAAAACAGUAUCAACACUUGGACCGAUGGUUCUCUCACAUUCAGAGUUUUAGUACUGCAGAAGUUGCAUCAUCUUUGGCCAAUGGCAAAGGCGAUAAAAAAUUAAUUGGUAAUGAAACGUACAUGGAUUUGUGGAUGUUGAGUCGCAUUGCAGCAGCUUGUGAUGCAUGUAACAAAGGUUUUAGUUCUUAUGAUUUCCCUCAAGCUACUACAGCAUGCUACAACCUAUGGCUGUAUGAUCUUUGUGAUGUGUACCUAGAGUAUUUAAAACCUGUUUUUCAGAGUGGAGAUUCAGUUGCUAUUGAGACUGCUAAGAACACAUUGUAUUCAUGUUUGCAUGUUGGCCUGAGACUUCUUUCUCCAUUUAUGCCUUUCAUCACUGAAGAAUUGUUUCAAAGACUUCCUGGAAAAUCUUCUGAAGAAGCUCUUAGUGUGUGUGUUGCAUCAUAUCCCGAUGAAGAGGAAUGCCCAUGGAGGAAUUUGCAAAUUGAAAGUGAGGUGGAAUUCACCCAAAAAAUUGUUCAUCUUGUUAGAUCAGCUCGAGCAGAUUAUAAUCUUUUAAACAAGACACGUACUGAAGCAUAUUUAGUGUGUUCAGAUUCAGCUGUCUCUGAUCUCCUUGGGAAAUACAGUGAUGCUAUGGCAACUCUUGCCUUCUGCAGUAAAAUGGAAGUUUCGACAUCUCCUCCUCCUGGUUGUGCUAUUCUCACUGUAUCUGACAAGUGUGAGGUACAUUUAUUGCUUAAAGGUUUAAUUGAGCCUUCAAAAGAACUUGCAAAAUUACAGAAAAAGUUUGAAAACCUUCAUCAACAAGUUAGUAAAUUAAAUCUAUUAAUGUCUUCUGCUGAUUAUGCAACUAAGGUUCCAGAAGAUAUUCGUCAAUCAAACAGUGAAAAAUUGACACAGGCUUUAGGUGAACUUUCUAGAUUAGAAUCAGCAAUGGAGGCACUUAGAACUAUGGAAUAAUCUACCUCUUUAUAUAUAUUCGGGACAUAAACAAAAGGGGGAAAAAAUUGUUGGCUGAACAUUUUCAAAUUCAAAGUUUGAGCGCUUCUAGUAUUUUGCUCAGUUUACGUGUUGGUGCUGCUGAUGUUCUGUUGUGCUGGGCACAAUUCAAAAUGAUCUUUAUUGAUGGGGUGACAUAGUGAAAGCAUAGUGUACAGAUGAUUUGGUCCUUCUCUCAAGAGCUUCAAAUAGAGUGACACAUGAUCUUAUCUAUCAUUCAGGCUUAAAUAAAGAUACAUUUUCUCGGUGAGGUAUAAGCUGCUACUACAAUUAUUUUGCAAUCAUGAUUUCUUCUACAGUAUUUUGUAAUGUCAGUUUUGUAUUUUUAACACAUCAAUCACAUUAUAAUGUUUAUACUUCCAAGUGAGAUUAAUUGAAGGGUUGUAAUUAAACUUUUUGGUUGCUUCUAAUUAAGUGAUCUUGUUGAAAAUGUAUAAAUAUUAUAAUAUUGAAAUUUUGAACAAUCUUAAUUGUUGCUACUCAUUAAUUCUUUUCCAUUUUGUCCACAUUGUCAAAAUUUUUGUCAUUUCACUGAAUGAAUGUUAAAAUUGUGUUAAGGUAUUAUAUAUUUGACAUUGUGUAUGCAUACUUUCUAAACAAUCAUUUUGGAAAUUAAUUACCUCAUUCAGAAUUACGAUGAUUCUAUGUUUCUUAAAAUUGUCAUGAUCCAGAAUUUAAUAUUCAUGCAGAUAAGUAAAAUAUUUAUUUUUUAUGUUGCUUUGUUUUCAUUUUAUAUAUUAAUAAACACUAUUACAAGAAUUAAUAACUUGCCAUUCAGUUAAAAUUUUGAAUUGUAAUUUAAAUGUUUUGAUUCAAAGUAACUGAAUUGUGCAAAACUGGGAGAUAAAAGCAACGUAAGAACUUGGAGAGAAAUUACUAGAUAACAUACUGGGUGAACUCAGGGCAAUGUCGUGUUAAGUGGCACAAUAUGCAUUUGAUGUGAGCUUACCUGGGCUGAAGGAAAGAAUGAUUUUUGUUGAUGUGGAGUGGACAUUGAAAGAGUAAUGAAGGAAAGGGGGACUUCCAUUUUCAAAUGCCAUGUGAAGCGUAUCCUGUUACACAUCAGAUUUUCAGAUAUCAAGUACAGAUUGUCCAUAAUGAUUGCAGAGUUCUCCUUACUGAAAUGACAUCAUGGUCAAAGAUAUAGUUAUCGCUAAGAUAGAGAAAACUGGAAAAAACAGGAUGUGCAAUAAGAAACAAAUUGUUUGCACUUUAUUAAAUUUGAGAAAGAAAAUAUUUUAAAAAAAUAUAUAUUUUUCAUUACUAAUUAUGUUGGCAAUAAUUUCAUGAUCUGUUAUUUAUUUAUUUUUUUGUUGCAUAAGGCCGUACAAGCACCAAGGUAUUUUUCUAAUGUAAAAUACUUUGAUUAAAACUUCAUAUUGGUAGCUCUGACACUUUCCAUCAGAAAAUGGACCAAUUUUAAUAAAAGUAUUAUUAAUUUUUACAAUGUAAAUUGUUUAAAAAAUUGUCUUGUGUUGUACACUAACUUAUUUCUGUGUUACUGAGUCAAAUAAAUUAUUGAAUACUAGAACAUGUUUUAUUGUCUUCUUAUCCUAUGACUGCUU